UUGCAGUAUUGCACCGUCUAUUUUCCGCGUCUUCUCUAUCUCUCUCAAAAACAUUGAAAUUUUGUGUUUGCUUUUUUCAUUCUUUUGAACUGUGUAAAGGGAAAAAUGAAUGCACUUGCAGCCACCAACAGGAACUUCAGGUUAGCCUCUAGGCUCCUGGGAUUGGAUUCCAAGCUUGAGAAAAGUUUGCUCAUUCCUUUCAGAGAAAUCAAGGUUGAGUGUACCAUCCCUAAAGACGAUGGCUCUUUGGCCACUUUUGUUGGAUUCAGGAUUCAACAUGAUAAUGCCAGAGGCCCCAUGAAAGGAGGAAUCAGAUACCAUCCUGAGGUUGAACCAGAUGAAGUGAAUGCUUUGGCACAACUCAUGACAUGGAAGACAGCAGUAGCAAAUAUACCAUAUGGUGGGGCCAAAGGAGGGAUAGGAUGUGAUCCUGCAGAACUAAGUGUGUCAGAGUUAGAGAGACUUACCAGAGUUUUCACACAGAAAAUUCAUGAUCUGAUUGGAGUUCAGACAGAUGUACCUGCACCUGAUAUGGGAACAGGACCACAGACUAUGGCAUGGAUACUAGAUGAGUAUUCCAAAUUUCAUGGCCACUCUCCUGCAGUAGUUACUGGGAAACCUAUUGAUCUCGGUGGAUCUCUAGGCAGAGAUGCAGCCACAGGUAGGGGAGUCCUCUUUGCGACUGAGGCUUUGCUUAAGGAGCAUGGAAAGAGUGUGUCUGGACAACGGUUUGUCAUACAGGGUUUUGGAAAUGUAGGGUCCUGGGCUGCCCAAUUGAUCAGUGAGAAAGGUGGCAUAGUUGUUGCUGUGAGUGACGUAACUGGGGCCAUAAAGAACAGUAAUGGUCUUGACAUACCAAGUCUACUCAAGCAUUCCAGAGAAAACAGAGGAGUGAAAGGAUUCCAUGGUGGUGAUGCUAUUGAUCCCAAGUCAAUAUUGGUUGAAGACUGUGAUGUUCUUGUCCCAGCAGCUCUUGGGGGAGUCAUCAAUAGGGAAAACGCCAACGAGAUUAAAGCCAAAUUUAUUGUUGAAGCAGCUAAUCACCCAACUGACCCUGAGGCUGAUGAGAUCUUGAAAAAGAGAGGGGUUGUGAUCCUGCCAGAUAUUUUUGCAAAUUCAGGAGGAGUGACAGUUAGCUACUUUGAGUGGGUGCAGAACAUACAAGGAUUCAUGUGGGAUGAGGAGAAGGUGAACAAUGAAUUAAGGACAUACAUGACCAAAGGGUUCAAAGAUGUGAAGGACAUGUGCAAAACCCAUGAUUGUGACCUUCGUAUGGGGGCAUUCACUCUUGCAGUUAACCGUGUGGCAAGGGCCACUGUCCUUAGAGGUUGGGAAGCUUAAACGGCAAGAAAGGGCUUCAUUUUUUCAGCCUCAGCAACAUGUUACACAAUUCUAGCUCAUGUCUCUGUCUCUGAAAUUGAAAGAGAAAAUUCAAGAAAUUUAUACCCAUUUCAUAUGUUUCUUUCUUAAUCUUUUUUUUUUGUGGCAAUUGUUGUAAUUUUAUCAUUCUAAGUUUAAUAAUGUUACGUUUAUGAAUGGUUUAUUUAUGCCUUAGAUAUGUUUCUAGAGUAUAAUCAGUAUGUGAUCAUUGCAAAAUUUAUUAAUCCGAAAUAACAAGUUCCAAAA